AUGAAGAUCACUUCGUUUGGUCUGGCGGCCAUCGCCAUGGCCCUGAUGGCUGACAAUGCCGAAGCCAUGCCCGCUGUUCGCAACUACAAGGGUGUCUCGCCCUACAAGGCGCGCUACACUGUCAACCCGCCCGUGCCUGUCAUGAAGGACCCUCGUUCCAUGUCCGGCGCUCGUCGCAUGCGUCUCGAGUCCAACGAGCGUCUCGAAGAGACCUACCUCGACGAGCUGCACUACAUCCCCUCCGAGGGCCAGGCCGACUCUUCCAGCCAGUUCUGGAGCAACGUGCAGCAGCGUCUCGAGUCGGCCAUCGACAGGCUCGACAAGGCGAGCUCCAUGCUAGGCAUGGGCAACGCCAUGUCGCCCUACCGCGCUGCUAGUGCCGUCAAGAGCGCCGCCAAGUCGCUCGGCUUCUCGUUCAGCGUCAACACCAACAGCGCCCACGGUGCUUCGCCCGAUUUCACCUUCAACUUCAACGUCUCGGAGCCCAUGUCGUGGGGUGAGGAGGCGCACCUGUCCGCCGAGGCACGUGAGGAUGGCAUGCUUGACGGCAAGGCGCUGCCCAACCUGCCCGCCGACUCCGGCUUCGACUACAAGAACGAAAAGGUGCGCGGUGUCAACCUGGGUAACUGGCUUCUGUUCGAGGGCUGGAUGGACAGCUCGCUGAUGCAGGCGCUCAACGACCACGCCAUCAACGCACCCUGGCCUAACCCGAUCAUCGACGAGUGGACCGCGGGUCUCUACUCGGACAAGGGCUGGGCUUCGUAUGUGCUGCAGAAGCACUUUGACGAGUGGAUGACCGACGACGACUGGCAGCAGAUCAAGGCGGCUGGUCUCAACCACGUCCGUAUCCCUGUCCCCUACUUCAUGUUUGCCGAGGCCGUGGGACCCAACGCACCUUACCUCACGCUCAACCGCUUCGCCAAGCUCAAGGAGGGUGUCAUGAAGGCCAAGAAGCUCGGCCUCAAGGUGUGGAUCGACCUGCACAGUGUGCCCGGCUCGCAGAACGGGUUCGACAACUCCGGACGCAGUGGACCGAUCAAUUGGGCCAACAACCCGGCGUACUUCACUCAGACGCAGUACGCCUUCAACCGACUGGUCAAGGAGUUCACGCUCGACGACUACGCCGGAACGGUGACGGCGAUCGAGGCGGUCAACGAGCCCAAGGCCAACGUGGUUCCGGCUGUGCAGGAUCUGCUGAACAAGUACUACCCGUGGGCUCGCAACCGCGUGGCGAUCCCCGAGGGAUGGAACAAGUACUCGAACAUGCUCCUCGCGAUUCACGACGGAUUCCAGGGCCUGCAGUACUGGCAGAACUUCUGGACGGGCCGUGCGCGUCAUCGUGUUCUGCUCGACACGCACCCGUACUUUGUCUACUCGGACUGGCAGCACCAGGCCAAGGAUACGCAGCGACUCCAGCAGGCCUGCCAGCUGGUCGACUCGUUCGCCAAGUCGCAGCAGUACUACCCGUCGAUCGCGGGUGAGUGGAACGUCAACGGACCCAACGGCGACCGUAUGGCCGACCGCGAUCUGCCCGUGGGCCCCAUCAAGUUCCCCAGCUUGCCCGGCGUCACCUACCCGUACUCGGUCAAGUACAUGGCGUUCAUGGCGCGCAACUUCAAGACGCAGCAGUUCAUCUACGAGCAGGGCGGCGGAUGGAUCCAGUGGAGCUGGAGGAACGACAACAACCCAGACUGGUCGUACAAGACGGGUCUGCAGUAUGGAUGGAUCCCGAUGGAUCUUGACCAGCAGCCGUACGGUGCCAACCCGUGCUCGUGCAUCCCUGGUCUGAUCCAGGCUGCUGAGAACGGUACCGCCGCCGAGAGCUGGGUCAAGGCCGAGCUCGCUGGUCACCUCUAA